UGAAGAGUAGAGUGGAGAGAGGAUCGGGAGCAUGGUUCCUUUUUAUAGUGAACGCGACGACGAAGGAAGUGCGAGUGUCUAUUAAUAUCGAGAGAGGAAGGAGGGACGAAUGGGGUGGAGGGUACAAUGAAUGGGGUGGAGGGUACAACGAUUGCCUCUCUGGGCGUUUCCUGGGCUGCUGGCAUGUUUCCAAACAGGUGGCGAGCGAGUCCAGGCCUGCGCUCACUCGGCUGUCAAAGAGGGAGGACACACUCAGCUGGACAGGGCUGUACGGCCCCUUUCUGAGUCUCCAGAUGACCCCAACUGUACUGUACAGUGUACUCCUUCCUCUCUCCAGGACACCUACGUGAGUUUCCCCCCCCUCCCCGUUUCUCCGACGCACAAGAACGAUCGAUAAAGCGGAUAUCCUCAAGCUUAUCCCGUCACACACCCAUGCUCCCUCUCCUCCUGGACGCCCUUUAUUACGUCUGAAGAGGCAGAAUUGACCGUGCCCAGAUCGUCUCGAUGAGCUCCCGGGAGAGGAGGAGGCAUGGCAUGGUUCUCUGCCUCCGUGCCCGCCCAUUGAUGGGAAAGAAGCGUCCAGUUGGACGCAUGUCUCUGCUGGAUCAGACACGCCCAGUCAUUUCCUUUUUAGAGAGAACAUUCCCCCCAAAAAUAGCAUUAGCAUUUUAGCCGUUUACGCCCUUCCCUCCUGCGCUUUCGGU